AUGCCUUACCAAAGAUUAAAAUCCAGCCCCAACCUCAACCACAAUUUAGAACUACAACUCUGCCACAAACCCAAACACAAACACAACCAAACACCAACCCACAACUUCCAUUAAAAACCAACCCAGAGCCUCAACUAACCACCAAGCAGCAGUAUAAGGACCAACCAACAACUAAACCAAAGAUCAGUUUUUCUCAACCCAAGCUCAAAACACAGCCUCAACCAAAGAGCCAACCCAAGGCCAGAAUGCUGCCUCAAUCAAAGAGCCAACCUAAGUCCAAAACACAGUCUCGAACAAAAAAGCAGCCAAAGCCUCGAGGAAAGCCCCGAACAAGGAACCAACAAGAACCCCACCCAAAGAUUCAGCCAUGGCCCCAAACACAACCUCCAACAAAGAACAAGGCCCAACCCGUAUCUCACACUCAACCCAUUCCCCAACCACAACCUUCACCAAAUGCCCAGACUCAAUCCCCGCUUGAACCUCUACCCAGGCCACAACCUCAACCUGGGCUUCAAUCUCAGACCAGGACCUACUCUGAUCCCACCGAGAUCACCCCAAGGCAGGCAGUCUCUACGGCUCCUAGUCCACCAGAAGAGGGCAAACCUCUGCCAAGACCCGCCCUGGCUACAGAGAAGGCUGGUAGUUACAAUCAGGGUACUGGCGUCCUCAAGCAAUCUGUUGCUGAAGUUCCUCGUUCUCCCAUUAGCUCAUCAGUACCUCUAGCAGGAAGAAACUCCACGCUGUCCCGCACCCGGGUUCCUCCUCAUUCCACUCGUAAUAGCGCCAGACCAUUUUCUCCAUCCAAGCCAUUAACCUCCUCACACAGCUCCAGCACACCUGAGGCCGAUGGGGCACGUCAUAGGGGCAAUGCUCUACCUAAACCUGUGGUGCGGUCGAGAGAGAAACCUGGUAAAGACAAACAAAGAUAACCACCUUUCAGCGUUCCUCAUUCACUAACCUAAGAGGCACUGUUAUGUCUCGUCACACACAGUCACACUGAUCUGUGCUUUUGAGACAAUCCUCUCAUGCUUUGUGAUCGUCAACUUGUCUGUCAGUGUGACGUUUUGUGUCUGGCCAUGAUCUGUGUUGUCCAAUCGUCCCAAUAGCUUACACUUGACUGAGACUGAAGCCAUAAUUCUUGUUUUGGCAUAUACCUGUCCUCUUCACAUUGUUUAGUCUACUGCACAUAUGGACCUGUAAUCAGGCACUGGUUUGAAUUAGUUUGAGAAUAGCUUUAGCCUACUUGUUGUGAAACGUGAAUGUGGUUUGUCCUUUUUUUGGUCCCUCACAUUGUUUCCAUUAUGCCAGGCAGGCUCAGUUAAUUAGAGUGAUUGAAUCCAUCUCAACUAGUAAUACAAACCAAGUCUGGACCACAUGUAUCAAUGGUGACACUCCUUGUUUGGAGUUGUGAGAGAGGUUGUGCUUCAGUCCCAUGUCACAGCUGGUGUGUGUUAUUUCUGGAAACUGACAGUUUCAGAGGUCUUCAAGGAGUCACAUGGCUCUCUGGAAGCAACUCUACAGAGUCAUUUUGCCUGCCACCCUGCACACACAUCCAAGCACAAUGCUCCUAAUUACUGUUUCUACCUUUCUAAAAAGACGUAAAGUACACACAUAGUUCACCUAUGUGUACCUUCCCGUCCCCAUGAAGUAAAUGACGUGCAACAAAAUAUCAUUAUCACUUGUUAUACUACACAGAACACUGCAACUUUGUAUUGCAGCUGGUACAGAGUUUGCUUUUGCCGGGAAUUAGAGUGUGUCCUUGACAUUUUUAUAGAGCUCAGUUUCACAUUGGCAUUUCAACUUGAAAUUGUUUCAAAGGUCUGCUUAUAGUGGACUGCAGGUGUGUAAUAGACACUGUCCAUCCAUAAAUCCCAUCCAUGAAAUCUGAGUAUGUGUUGCAAAAGCAACAAAUCCCAGUGAUGUGAGACACUGGUAUGUAUUUCAGUGGGAAUAUUUUUCUGGACUGAACUUUAGUCUCUGUGUUUUGAUUGCAUCUAUUUUCACGUUCUCGCCAUGAAGAUGAAGUUAUGACAGAAGCCAGCACUCACACCACUGCUGCUGUUUUACAUCACAGAACUGAGUGUGAGGCCUUUGGCAGGGCAGAGACUCGGCCUGCUGUUUAAGGGGUUUAUUGUGUGACAGCAAACCAAACACACCCGCUGUAGAAAGCCGACCAAAUUGUAUUGUGUGCAUUGUAAAUGGACUGCAUUCAUCUAUAGCUAUAACACAUUCAUACACUGAUGGCAGAGACUGCCAUGUAAGGUGCCAAAUUCCACAUCAGGAGGAGGCUAUAUAUAUUUAUAUAGAUUGACUUUUUGGGGCAUUUUUGCCUUUAUUUGACAGAGCGCAGUGUAGAAAUAACAGUAUUAGCAAUUAACAAUCAACAGAAUCAAACCUGAGACGUUACGGUGAUAUGGCAUGCAUUGUAACCACUGGGGUAUCAAGGCACACAUCUCUUCACAUUACAUCUGUCACGGGAGUUCACGGGUUAGGACCCAAUCGCAAGACCACAG